GGGUGUUUUGUCCAAUAGGAGGUGGGAACAGGCGCGUACCGUGGCCCUGUCACUUUUGGCGCCUGCGCUCAGAGGCAGGAGCGCGAGCGCGUCAGUCUUAGUGCUGGCGGCGCUGCGAUUCCUUCAGAGGGCGGCGGGAGGGCGGCAGUAGGGGAGGGGGGGCUUGUUUGUGCCGGUGACGCGCCAUGACGGCGAAUGAGGACCAAGAGAUGGAGCUAGAAGCAUUACGUUCUAUUUAUGAAGGCGAUAAGUGUUUUAAGGAACUUAGCCCUGUUUCCUUUCAAUAUAGGAUAGGUGAUAAUGGAGAUCCUAAAGCCUUCUUAAUAGAAAUAUCAUGGCCAGAAGGAUAUCCACAGACAGCUCCAGCCAUAUCUAUGGAUGCAUUCUUUAACAAUGCAAUAUCUUCAGCUGUAAAACAAAGUAUAUUGAAUAAAUUAAUGAAAGAAGUUGAAGUUAACCUUGGAACCUCAAUGACCUAUACAAUUUUUGAAUAUGCCAAAGAUAACAGAGAGUUGUUAAUGGAAAAUCAACCUGUUAAUACUGUGACAGCAUUAAACAACUGCAUCUCAGUUGGACAUCCUGAUACAGCCCAACCAAGUAAGAAAAAAGAGAAAAAGGAACAGUUGUCCAAAACACAAAAACGAAAGCUAGCAGACAAAACAGAUCACAAAGGAGAACUACCUCGAGGAUGGAAUUGGGUUGAUGUAAUCAAGGUAACAUGACUGAGAAUUAAAAAUGUUUGAAUCUUACAACAUCUGAUGGCAGUAUCUAAUCUUUCUCUUUCUCUCUCUUUCCCUUUUCUCCACCUGAUCCUUUGUAACCAUUUUGGACAUGAAUGACAUUUGGAUUCACUUCUUGUAUUUGACUAGCAUCUGAGCAAAACAGGCUCAAAGGAUGAUGAAUAAGAAGACUUUGAUAUAGGAAAAUAUCAACUUUAUUACAGAGUGAUCUGGAGACAAUUCCUGUAUUUCCCCCCUACUGGUAUUUUAUAAAAUGAGUUUGUUCCAGAAUUUAAAUGUGCAAAGGUGUGCUCAGCAAGAAGGACAUUUUUUCUGGUAUUCAUCAUUUUCCUCACAUCACGGUUUGCCUUUAAAGAAGAUACCCUGAAGCUGGUGUAGUUCUCUUUUGGUUAGAACUAUCAUGACUCUAAACCUAACAAUAUUUAAUUCAUAUUGUUUCAUGCUGUACUGAAAGAAUCAUGAAAACGUCUGGUAGUUAUAUGCUAGCUAGAUUGUUAGAUGAUUCUAAGUGAAGAUAGUUUGUUAAGGAUUCUUACCUACUUAAAAAAAUAAAUCAGACCUUUUAACAU